GGGUCCUGAAGGCUGGGAGGAGGCAGACUUGGGGACCAUGGAGACCCAGAGCGGCAGCCCCUCCUUGAAGCGGUGGUCACUGUUGCUACUGCUACUGGGCCUGGCCAUACCUCCAGCCACUGCCCAGGCCCUCACCUACAGGGAGGCCGUGCUCCGUGCUGUGGAUGGCUUCAACCAGCGGUCCUCAGAAGCUAGUCUCUACCGCCUCCUGGAGCUGGACCCACUGCCUGGGGGAGAUGACAACCCAAAUAUCCCAAAGCCUGUGAGCUUCACGGUGAAGGAGACUGUGUGCCCCAGGAGGACACCGCAGUUGGAGACAACACGGCGGCCAACAGAGCAGUGUGCCUUCAAGGAGAAAGGGCUGGUGAAACAGUGUGUGGGGACAGUCACUCUGGACCAGGAGGAUGGCUACUUUGACAUUACCUGUGAGAAGCUCCAGAAUGUCAUAUUGGGCCGGCUUCGUGAUCUCUUACGGAGAGGUGGGCGGAAGAUUGGCCAAGGGCUUGAGAGAAUUGGCCAGAGAAUCCAAGGGUUUUUUUCAAAUCGUGAGCCCAUGGAAGAAUCCUGAGGGUCUGCUUUGCCCUGGCUCAGGCUUCUGGACUCUGAAAAAUAAAUUUUUGUAAAAGCAA